AUGGUGCAUCCAUACGAAGACAGCAGACAAAACCCAGGUCCGCAACGGCGGGCCUAUCCUCCCCGUGAUGAUCGCGAUGGUCGCAUGUACGAUGACCGCUCAAGAUCUCGCUCACCUGGCGGCUACUCUGGCUCCCACCAACGGCAUGACAAUCGCAGGCGCGAAUACUCGGAGAAUUGGGAUGCGAGAGCUCCCCCUCAAAACAGAGACCAGGACGAUCACCGUCGUCGAACUUCACGAUCGCCUCAGCAUCGAGGACGGCAGACAUAUCGAGAUCGUGAUCGGGAGGGCUAUCGUUCGCCUGGUUAUAGUCGCAGUCGAAGCUAUAGCCGCAGCCGCAGCCCUCGGCGAGGCGGGUCGGGCUUUGGUCGCGAGAGCAAAGAAAUUAUGAUGGACGGACUGCCACAGGAUAUGUCAGAGGAUGAUAACUCGAACAAGCUUACCACAUCACCGGCCUGGAAGAAAUCCGCGUUAUUCGUGACAGACACACAAGUUAGUGGACUGAACUUCUACUAUGACGAGACGAUUAGUAUACUUAUGGAUAUCAUGUUGGCAGAGGUAUCGCGAGGUCUUGGAUUCCUUCGUUUCCGAACUAUCGACUACGCCAGGGACUUUUUAGAACGGAACCACCCCUGCAUCUAUCUAUAUGGCCCGGCUGCUGGAGAUAACGAUCGCAGUACCAAGGUUCGCAUAGCAUACAGUCGUGAACGGGAAGAUCGAGCCCGGGCAAAAGCCGAUGGGGAUUGGACUUGCCGGAUGUGUGCAGUCGUCAAUUUCGCAACCCGUGCAAAGUGCUUUCGGUGUAAUGCACCUCGUCCUGAACUGGGUCCAGUUGGUCCUCCCGGGGUCCCAGCCCCGAAAGUAGUGAACAAUGGCGAUAAUGACGCCGCACCUGAAAACCAACCAUCCCAAUUCAUCCUCAUUAGAGGUUUAGAAGGUUCUGUCAACGAAGAUCUCCUUGCAAAGGGCGUCGCCAAACUAUACCGACCAAAUGUGGGAAAUAACGAUAACACGAAUAACACGCAAAAGAAAGCUGGCAAGGUUGCUUCAACAACUGGAGAUGCUAAUCUUGGGGCCCGCGAAGGUUCUAUUCGGCGUGUAUUAUUGGUCCGAGAUCGCAAGACGAAUGAAAGUUGGCAUUACGGGUUUGCUGAGUUUGCCAAUGUCAUGGAUGCGCAAGCUGCUAUUCAACGAUUGAAUUCUUUUGACAAAUUCACCAUCUCAUCCCGACCAGUCCUGGUUAGCUACAUCCAUGCGGGAGUUUUCGUACCAGUUAUGGACCCCCAUCCCAGUACAGAACACUUCACAUUCAGCCCGCUCGCCAACCCGUCACUAAAGCUCAUGUAUUGGGACGAUGAGGGAUACGUGACAGAACUCAUGUUGUCAUCCCCCGAAGAUGAUGUCGGCUAUGACCAAUCCAAGAGCGAAAAGCCUGUCGCAGGCCAAGAUGAAAGCCAGUCUAAGGGACAAAAGGAUACGGAGAAGGCCAAGAAGAGAAAGGCAGAUGCAUCAACCAAUGCGAAUGCAAAGAAGCUUGCCAUGCCCUCUCACUUGCAGUUCUGGAGCAAUCGACACGCCGAGCUUCACGGCAUCCCAAAAGACAGCGACGGCAAUGUCAUUGAGACCCCAUCGGAACCUCUCGAUCAGAACGCCCCGCCGACGCAGUCUUAUGCGGACCUUAAUCGCAACUGCUGCUAUUUGUGCAUGCGCCAAUUUAAGAGCACCGCCAAUGUCAAUCGCCAUGAACGCCUGAGUGCACUGCACCGAGAGAAUCUACAAAAUGAACAAGCGAAGAGUCGUGGCAUGGGGAAACUCAUCAAACAUGGAAUUGUGCCACCGACAGCUGAAUAUCGUGACCGUGCCCGAGAACGUCGAAAGGCAUUUGGCCGGGGCAAGCUUGGUGCUGGAACUGGAGCUGGAGCUGCUCGACCGAAACCGUCGGCUCCGAAGGAGGAAGAGGAACCACCAGUGCAAACAACGUCAAAGGGUGCAUCACUACUCAGCAAAAUGGGCUGGUCAGCCGGUUCUGGCUUAGGUGCACAGGGUACAGGUGUCACAGCCCCCAUUGCUACAGAGGUUUACGCGCAAGGUGUCGGAUUGGGAGCUCAGGGUAGCAAACUGGGUGAUGCAAGCGAAGAAGCAGCUCGCAAUACCCGGGGCCGCUACGACGAAUUCCUAGAAAAAACCAAAGCAACAGCUCGACAGCGGUACGAUCAAAUGAACCACUGA